AUGAAUUAUGAUAAAUUGUCGAGAGCCUUACGAUAUUAUUACGACAAGAAUAUCAUCAAGAAGGUGAUUGGUCAGAAGUUUGUGUAUCGAUUCGUGACAUUUCCUGAAGGCUGUAACGGUGAAAGUAUACAGUACGCAAUUGCUCGAUCUGCUGAAGGAAAUCCAAUCGAUGGAUCGGGUGAUACGCAAAUGCGUUUAUCCGGUAUGCAGACGAGAGUUUCAAACACGUUUCAUGGCAGCGGAUAUAUGAGCCAAGAUGAACCGCAUCCUGCAUCAAUUCCAAAUGCUUCAAUUGCUGUUUCUAUUCCCACGCCAUCACCAGCAAACAGGUUCAUUUCUAAUCUUCUUUUCCAUUUUUCGUGUCAUUGUUUCACAGUCAUCAGUUAUUCUCUUGAUCUCGUGAGCAUAUCCACAAGCCUUUUUCAUCACUAUGUAUCAUUCUCUUACGUCCAAAAGUAUUUUUAUGAUCACAUAACUUACUUUUUUUGA